GGCGGUUGGUCGAGCUGGGGCGUCUGGUCCGACUGUGAGCCGGCCUGCGGACCCGGCGUGAUGGUCCGUCGCCGCUCCUGCGACAGCCCGCCGCCGAUGAACGGAGGAAGGGAGUGUGUGGGACCGUCCCAACAGGCGGCCGACUGCAACUCGCUCUGUCCGCCGGUGGCCGGCGGCUGGAGCUCCUACGGGCCGUGGUCCUCGUGUGAUUCGUCCUGUCGCCAGUACCGCCACCGGACCUGCUCCGACCCGGCCCCUCAGCACGGAGGGACGCCCUGCGAGGGACCCGACAGGAUAUCACGGAACUGCUCACGAGAUAUGUGCUCAGGCGGCGUAGUAAGCGGCCUCGAGACAACCCGAACCAAUCAAGGAGCGCGCGCGGUGCCUGAGACCGACGUGGCGCUGUACGUGGGUCUGGCUGUGGCUCUGGUGGUGUUCCCGCUGAUAGCUCUGCUCGCUCUGAAACUGUAUAGAAGAAAGGGACGGGGACAGAGCAUGUACGGUCUUACUGAGCGAGAUUACGAAGCACGCUACUACGACAACUCAAAGAAGCAGCUGGGUUACGCGCCCGACCUGACCUCUAGCGUCGCAAUCAUGAACCCGACCCCACCGAGCCUCAACAGCGACUACUCUUACGGAGACCCAAACAGCAACAAGACGGCGCUGCUCAGUUCACCAUCCGAGCACCACUACGACGAACCGCAUGCCAUGUUCCUGCCCAAACGACUCGACUCUGCACACAACUCUGGAGCGGAUAGUGAGACCAGUACCGCUGCCUCGCCUGUGUCCCGGGCUCACCAGGCCGGAGAUAGUGGCACGGCUCACUCGCACUCGUCGUACUGCAGCUCGCCCACAUCUCCCCACGGCAAGUCCCUGUACGGCUCUGAGCCUGCCUCGUGUCGUCAGUCGCUACUGUCGGUGACACUGCCAUCUGACGUGAAUCCCGACAACCUCGAGUUGGCCACAGUGACGUCAGCCGGCGCUGUGCUCUCGCUGGCCGAGGCCGGCGUCAGUUUGACGAUCCCAGAGGGCGCCCUGGCCGAAGGACAACAGGAGGAAAUUUACCUGGUGGUGCUCAACGACUCCAAGGGCCGUCCCCAGCUAGGAGAGCACGAGACCCUGCUGUCUCCGGUGGUUCUGGCCGGGCCCGGCUCCGUCCAACUUCUCCGACCCGCCAUCGUCAGUUUCCAGCACUGCGCCAGCCUCAAAACCAACUGGUCCAUCUCAGUAUUUGGUGGUACCAAGCAGUGGCCUGCCCCGGGCGGGUGGCAUCACCUGGCGCUUCUUGGUAAGGAGAAUCUCAACACCGGUGUGUACACCCAUCUAGACCAGCAGCGGGUUCAUGUGCUCGUGGACACCCUCCAGCCGCUGGCGCUGGUUGGAGAGCCGGGAAAUGACUCAGAAGGAGUCGCUGGAGCGAAUAGUGGGCCGGCUGUGAAGCUACUCCGUUUGGCAGCGUUUGGCCCCCGCCUGGUAGCAGGGUGUGCCUCAGAGUACUGUAUCAGGUGCUACGUGGUGGAGGACACGCGAGCGGCGUUUGAAGCGGUGCUGCAGCUAGAAAGGAGGCUGGCCGGCAGGCUGUUGGAUAAGCCGAAGACGAUGGCGUUCGAGAGCGGAGGAGGAGGCCUGAGCCUCUCGCUGGAGGAUCUGAGCAUCGGAUGGAGGUGCAAACCGCAGGGCGACUAUCAGGAGAUCCCGUUCUGGCACGUCUGGGGCAGCGCCUGCCCUCUCCUGCACUGCUCCUUCAGUCUGGAGCACGUAGGACGCGGAGGAUCAGGAGCAUCCCGCGGAGACGGCCUCUCCUUCUCCGCUCGCGUUCUCGUCUCGCAGAAGGGCGGUACACAAACUCGACGUCAGAUGUUGCGGGUUUCGUCUGCGGAGAGCGGGCCCUUGCCGAGUCCGCUGCCAGGCCGGCCGACGGCUACCGUGACGUCGAGUGUGUCGACGAAUACGAGUGGAUCCUCGGGAGCGUCUUCGACGGUCACUGUGACCACACUGGAUACAGGAGGAUACAGGCUGUCGGCAGAGACCCGUCAGAAGUUGUGUCAGCUCCUGAACCAGCCCAGCUCCCGGCUGAACGAUUGGAGAAUGCUGGCGCAGAGGAUGCAGGUCAACAGGUUCAUCAACUACUUCGCCGCCAAGAAGUCCCCGACUGAAUGCCUUCUGGACCUCUGGUGGGCGAGGCACGCGGACCCCUCAGCUGCCGCCACGGAGCUCCUCAACAUCCUCCGAAUCAUGGGACGCGACGACGCGGCGCACGUGCUAGAGGCCCAGCUGGGACCUCGUGUCUAGCGAGGCCCAGGAGGGGUCUGAUGGGGCCCUGUGGUGGACGGUGGUGCUCGGAGUCUCAGUUGGGAGUGGGGGCCUAGUGAGAGCUCAAGAGUCUUUUGAGGACUCUCGGGACCCAAUGAGGACCAUCUGGGCAAAGUGAGGAUCUCGAGGCAAAAUGAGGGUUCUCGCGCAUCCCAGGAACCCUCAAGGCCCAGUGAGGAAUCUCAGAGACCUUUGAUCUGACGAAGAUUCUCGAUGAGACCCUUAUUGCCGUGAAGAGACGUCCUACAUCUGAUAUUGCGCCGUUCUGGCCUCUGAUUGGUGCACACCUGGUGACACGUGACCCGUGACGACGCCUGAUUGGUCAGCUCUCUCUCGUACAGCCAAUCACAUGUCGUGAAAUCAAAAGCCGUCACGAGAGGACACCCAUUCGCCGGGCGCGUAGCUCAUGUGAUAUUUUUAUAUUUGUACAUUUGUACUGUGGCGUAGCUUGAACUGCGAUUGUUAACAGGAUAGCUUCUGCUGGUAGCUGCCGCCGCCACCCGACUGUUGCUUAUUUAUAGCUUGUUAAGCGUGUGAAUAGUACGAUACCUCGUACAGUGCGACUUUUGGGCUUGUGUGUGGGAUGUAUUGUGGGAAAAGAGGAUGGGAUAGAUAGCUCUCGCUGAGGACUCGAAUGUCCUCUCUGUCUCGCUGCUCGCGUUUUGCCACGUCCACUGUCUUCCAGACCAGUGGCCAAAUGUGUGACGUCAUGUGUUGGACAGCUUGCUGAUGAUGUCAUUGUGUGAUGUCAUAAGUAUGUGACGCCCUGUUAGAGGUAUGGGACGGAAUUUGAGCAUUGAGCUGCUUGUGUGACUCGUUUUGCUGAGUUAGGAUAAAAUGCCGUCCUUUGGACACACGAUAGAGAAAGAGAGGAAGAUAGGUGGAAUGCGUGGGAGGAAACAAAAGAAAAUUAAUGGUAACCGAUAAGAUGACAAAGCUAAAACAGCGGCAAAUGCGGCUGUUUAAAAGAAAUACCUGUUUUGUUUAUAGGAAAUGUCUGGUUGGAUGACUUGAACUCGGUUUUACAUAGAAUGCGCUGACAUGCAUUGUAUAGGCGUGUGUUCUCAGCUUUGUGAUAUGAACUCUGAACGUCGUCGAGAAUUGCUUGUGUAUGUUUGCGCCGUAUGUAUGUAAUUGUAUGUCUCCUGACCAGCCUCUGGGCAGAGGCCAGGAGGAGAGAGAGAGAGAGAGAGAGAGAGAGAGAGAGAGAGAGAGAGAGAGAGAGAGAGAGAGAGAGGGAGGAGCGACGCUGAGCCGAGCUCUCAGUUCUGUAGUGCCUAUGCAACCAUGUGUCAACUAGUCAGUGAGUAAACUGUGGGAAGAAUGUAGAUUGUUUGAUAGAGAGCCAAAUAUAUUUUAAACGCUG